UGCCCAUACUGUCGUUGAUAAAGCCAAGGAAUGCGUACACGUCGUUCAGAAACCCUUAUUUAUCAGUAUGAUUAGCCUAUUCUUUAGGGGGGGACGGAACAGGUGCAUGAACAGCGAUCAGAGAUGUGAUUAAAACAGAAGGGUGUGUUGUCCUCCACCUGUCCGCCAGGGGACCGGUUUCCCCCGUUCCACCGUCUCCAGGCUAAUCCCUCAGUCGACGUCAGGAAUGGCCGACCAGGACAGCAGCAACGCAUCUCCAGAGACACAAGUCUCUGACUCUCAGACCAAAGCAGAGGAGAGGAGAUGGUCGGGUCAGACCCAGUCCUCCACCCCGACCGUAACAUUAUCACCUACUCCCAGCAACAAUGCUGCUAACAAACCAGAGCCGUUGGUCCUCAAGAUCGACGAGCGACAGAGACUGGCCCGGGAGCGUCGAGAGGAGAGGGAGAAACAGACUGCUGCCAGGGAGGCUGUGUGGCAGGAGAGGGAGGAGAGGGCCAGACACUACUAUGACAAACACCUGGAGGAGAGGAAGAGGAAGAUGGAGGAACAGAGGAGGAAGGAGGACAGGAGACGAUCUGCUGUGGAGGAGAAGAGAAGACAGAACCUGGAGGAAGAGAAGGCCCGUCAUGAGGCGGUGAUGCGUCGGACGGUGGAGAGAAGUCAGAGAGCCAAACACACACCCAACCGCUGGUCCUGGGGCGGAGCACUGCCUGGAAACACACCCACCACACCCGGGGAUGCUGACAGACGGUCUGUGUCGACCAUGAACCUUUCUAAACAUGCAGCUGAUCCAGUUAUAACCAAGAGACUGUCCUACUCCUCUGCCACACUCUUACAUUCUCCAGACCGAGGCAUGCGUUGUAUGCCGCUGACCCUGUGGGAGAACACAGUGGUCAAUCGUCUGCUACAGCCCACACACUCCUACCUGGCACGCAGCCGCAGCGCCAUGAGCCUGUCUGGAGACACAGGUAACACACCUACACACUCCUACCUGGCACGCAGCCGCAGCGCCAUGAGCCUGUCUGGAGACACAUGUAACACACCCACACACUCCUACCUGGCACGCAGCCGCAGCGCCAUGAGCCUGUCUGGAGACACAGGUAACACACCCACACACUCCUACCUGGCACGCAGCCGCAGCGCCAUGAGCCUGUCUGGAGACACAGGAGCCAUGCCUGUAUGUCCUCGCUCGGUGUCCUGCCACCCUAUGGGAUCUAUGUCCUUCAAGUCCAUCCAGUCCCAGCCUCUGACCGUCUGCCGCAGCCAAGAGCCACGCCUCCCCAUGGACAUGACCAACCGCAGGAGGACCACCGGCAACGCACCGGAUAAACAUAAGGACUUUGUCAGGAAGUCUUGGAGCAACCUCUCCCUGCCUCUGGCCACACCUCCUCUGACCACACCGACUGACAAGAAAUUCCGGUCACCAGGGAAACAGCAGAGUAGAGUGACACCGCCCUCACCUGGCAGACCCCCCCAGAAGCUGUCCCUUCCUCCCUCCAGACCCCCCCAGAAGCUGUCCCCUCGCCCCUCCACCCCCAAGCAGCUACGGUCUCCCAGUGGAGAGGACUUGGGGAACCUCAGGCCCAGUAGGACAGUGCCAGAGAGCCUGUCUCUGAUUGGACUACAGGCACGAGGACCUGAGGGAGACCAGGGGGCUGUGAACCCCUCCCAGCCCCGCCCCCAGAACCUGGGCCAACCCAAAGCCUGCCCCAGCACAGACACGAAGGACACAUUCUCAGCAGUCAGCGAGAGUGUGGGCAGUUCCCCAGCCCAUAAGUCUACUGCAGGCACCACAGACCCAGAGGAGGCCACACGGGUCCUGGCAGAGAAACGCAGACAAGCCCGGGAACAGAGGGAGAGAGGGGAGGAGAGGAGAGGGAUACAGGAGGAGGCAGAGAGGUGUGGUAAGGCUGAGGAGAGACAGAGGAGAGAGGAGGAGGAGGAGGAGAGAAGGAGGGAGGAGGAGGAGGAGAGAGCCCAACAGGAGAGAGAGGAGGCAGAGCGACAGCAGAAACAGAGAGAGGAGGAGGAAUGUCGUCAGAGGGAGGAUGCAGACAGACUGAGGAAGGAGAGAGAGAAACAUUUUCAGAAAGAAGAGGCUGAAAGGUUGGAGAGGAAGAAGCGGCUGGAGGAGAUCAUGAAGAGGACGCGUGGCUCAGAUCGAGUGGAGAAGAAAGCCACUCUUCAAAAGAACAUAAACGAAUCAGCGUCAAACUGUGAUUCUCCGGACCCCUCAGUGAGCCUGUCAGGGGCCGAGCACAGGGACCGCAAUGGAGCCUCCAACCCUAACACUGACCCCAGCACAGCACUGCUGGCACCUGCUGACGAGAGGGAGAACGGGUUGUUUGAGGAGGUGAUUGUUCUCCCUGCUGACUCCAGACUUCCUCCUGGUGAGGAGCAGCAUGUACCUGCCACUGCGUUCCAGGAGAACGGGAUCGUGAAGGAGUAGAUGACCCUCCAACACAACACACAGCAGAUGUCUGAUGGCUGGAAAACAGGAGAUAUGCUGCUCUCCUUCUCAAGACUUCUCACAGCAUCUUCUGGCCUGGAGAGAAUAUGUUGCCAACUCAACGCUCCUCUCCUUCUCAAGACUUCUCACAGCAUCUUCUGGCCUGGAGAGAAUAUGUUGCCAACUCAACCUAGAAGUUUCUACAGGGGUGGAAGGGGAUACUAAACCUAGAGGUUUCUACGGGGGUGGAAGGUGAGGAGGUAAACCUAGAGGUUUCUACAGGGUUGGAAGGUGAGGAGGUAAACCUAGAGGUUUCUACAGGGUUGGAAGGUGAGGAGGUAAACCUAGAGGUUUCUACAGGGGUGGGAGGUGAGGAGGUAAACCUAGAUGUUUCUACAGGGUUGGAAGGUGAGGAGGUAAACCUAGAGGUUUCUACAGGGGUGGGAGGUGAGGAGGUAAACCUAGAGGUUUCUACAGGGUUGGAAGGUGAGGAGGUAAACCUAGAUGUUUCUACAGGGUUGGAAGGUGAGGAGGUAAACCUAGAGGUUUCUACAGGGUUGGAAGGUGAGGAGGUAAACCUAGAGGUUUCUACAGGGGUGGGAGGUGAGGAGGUAAACCUAGAUGUUUCUACAGGGUUGGAAGGUGAGGAGGUAAACAUAGAGGUUUCUACAGGGGUGGGAGGUGAGGUAAAGAAUAGUGUACACUACUGAUUCAUGUUUUAGUUUGAUACUUAUUGCUGUAAAGAAUAGUGUACACUACUGAUUAAUGUUUUAGUUUGAUAUUUAUUGCUGUAAAGAAUAGUGUACACUACUGAUUCAUGUUUUAGUUUGAUACUUAUUGCUGUAAAGAAUAGUGUACACUACUGAUUCAUGUUUUAGUUUUAUACU